CCAGCAAAACCCUGAUUUGGGAUUCUGAUUGGAGCCCUGGAGAUGGAGCGGUGAGUAUUUUGGUUGGAUUUAUGAAGGUUUUGUAGGAUCGGAGAGUUUGCCUGGGGUUUUUGGUGGGUUUUGCUAUGGAGCUGAAUUUGAACAGAGAGUCUGAAGCUGAUGGCAGUGGCGGCGGCGGCGUUUGUGGCGUCGGUGGUGGUGCUGAUGGGUUCAUCGACAGGAGCAGGGUGAGGAUUUUACUCUGCGAUAACAACGAGUACAGUUCAGAAGAGGUUUUCACGCUUCUUGUGAAAUGCUCUUACCAGGUUAUUUCCGUGAAGUCUCCUCGACAAGUGAUUGAUGCAUUGAAUGCAGAGGGGCCUGAUAUUGAUCUCAUACUUGCCGAAGUUGACCUUCCUAUGCGCAAAGGCAUGAAAAUGUUGAAGUACAUCACACGGGAUAGAGAGUUAAGGCGCAUUCCUGUAAUCAUGAUGUCGGCACAAGAUGAGGUCUCUACUGUUGUUAAGUGCUUGAAGCUUGGAGCAGCUGACUAUCUUGUAAAGCCUUUACGCACUAAUGAGCUUCUGAACUUGUGGACACACAUGUGGAGAAGAAGGCGCAUGCUUGGGCUAGCAGAGAAGAACCUUAUAAAUUAUGUUGAUCUGGUGAUAUCAGACCCUAGCCGAUCUAAUACGAACAGUACUACUUUAUUCUCGGAUGAAACAGAUGAUAAAUUGGGCAAUGCAGAGACUGGAACCCCAGCUCCUGAGGAAGAUAAGUCUACUCCUGUCAUGGAGCUUCCAGUCGAGAAUAUAUCAGAAUUUCGGCCCGAUGUUCCAGGAAUAAGUGACCGGCAAACUGGAAAGUUUUUAUCUGCCCCAAAGAAGAGCGAACUGAAGAUUGGCGUUGGCAAGUCAUCUGCCUUCUUUACGUAUGUGAAAUCAAGCGAACUAAAAAUCAAUCCUCAGGUGGUUGCACAUAUUGAAGACAUUGCCCCUGAAAAUUUGAGGAUGGAAGAGAAACAUGAAGAAUGUGUUCACCAAGUGGUUGAUGAUCCCCAAGUACACGGAAAUGGAGAGGCGUGGGAAAGCAACUCACAGGGAGAUGACUUGCCAAGCAGUAACAGUAUCCCAGAUUCUCUUUCUUUGGAGAGGUCUAGUACCCCGUCUGGAUCAAUGGAACUUCAAAAUCAGAGGAGUUUUGAGGAAGACAGAUCCUCUCUGGUGCCUGCACAUCCAAGAAAUGAACCUCAACAUGAUUUUUCUGGCCUACCUACCCAAGCCGCCUAUCAAUAUUAUAUGUCGGGGGCUGUCAAUCAAGUUAUGAUGUCAUCGUCACCCGAAGUUUAUCAAAAGAAUCUGCAUGACAUGAAAAAUCAUGCUAUGAUGCCACAAUACAAUCAUUUUCCACACUGCCCUCCACACCCAAAUGGGAUGGCUUCGUUCCCCUAUUAUGGUGCAUGCUUGCAACCUGGUCAACAAAUGCCGAAUGCUCAGCCAUGGCCAUCAUUUGGAAGUUCAGCAUCCACUGAAGUGAAUCUAAAUAAGGUUGACAGAAGGGAGGCAGCAUUGAUUAAAUUUAGGCAAAAAAGAAAGGAGCGGUGUUUUGAUAAAAGGAUCAGGUAUGUAAAUAGAAAGAAACUUGCCGAAAGGAGACCUCGUGUGCGGGGACAAUUUGUGGGGAAGUUAAAUGGUGUAAAUGUGGAUCUUAACGGCGAGCCUGCUUCUGUUGAAGAUGAUGAGGAGGAGGAUGAAAGGGAUGACGAGGAGCUUGCGCCAAGGGAUUCCUCCCUGGAAGAAGGUGCUUCUUGAUAGGAAGUGAUUGUAUUUGGUUACGUGGGAGAAUCAUAAGAGUUGAAUCCCUUUUCAUUACGGAAGUUCCUGCAUCCCUUAAUGUUACCUAUAUGGAUGAGUGGGGAUUGUUGUUGCAUGGUUCAAUUGAAGUAUACUGGGUGCAUCGUCGUAUUGGUUGGACAUUGAUCAAGGGUUCAAGCUACUGGUUCUAUUUCAGUAAUCAAAGAUGAGAUCAUCGUAAAGUAUCCCGCCGUCCAUCUUCUUGAGUUACAGAAUAACCCAACAGACACUCGGUGUGGAGCUCUCGAGGUCGGGAGCCUUUCAUCCUUGAUUCAUCCAUGUCCGAAAUCCAAACCGGAAUGGAGCUCAUCUUCCGAAUUUUUCUGUCGAGAAGUUUUAGAUUUAAACAAUGACUUAAACAGGAGUACGGUGUUUUCUCUUCUUAUUAGCAUAUGGAAUUUUAUGGUAAUUUUUGUGAAAGUUUUGAAGAUUUAUUGUGCC